ACGUUUAAAAAACAAGACCCAAUUAAAGUUAGAUCUAUAUAGUCUCAGGGUUUCCUCGGGUAAUCUGGCACUUUUCAGCAUGGUUGAAUGGUAAAUAAUUCGACACUUGCAUAGUAAUCAAUACUGAAAGUUCAAUGGAGCUUAUCAGUGGAAAUAAGUUUUAAUCCGAUCUUGUAUUCGGCUGUGUUAAGUUUGUGAAACUGGAAGAAUGUAAGAAAGAAGGAGAGGGGUAAAUAAUUUUUUACAAUGUUGAAGGGACCAGGGCCAAGCCCUUAUGUGAAACAUGGACAGGGAAAAACUGCGUGUACCAUUCUAACGGAAGAUGGAUGUAUUUAUCCUGUGAUUUCUUCAUUGGCUUAUAAUGAUAGGACUAGAACGGCCCCCUAUCAAUAUGGUAGGGGGGUACGUGCUAUGCACAAAUCUACAUUGACACUUACAAAACCUCCAUAUUCCCCUGCAGAGGAGUUCAAGACGACUACAAAACAGUAUUACAGCGGGAGUAAGAAGCUGAACCCCGUCCGGAGACCCCCGCUGUGUCCCUCCAUGCACAGAUCGCAGUGGACCAUCGGCCAGAACAUGCAGGACACGACAUUUGAUACUCAGUAUACCAAGACUUACUUCGAAAAGGACAUCAUACCCUUACAGAGGGAGAGGUUUCUAAACCAGCAGAAUGCAAAUCGUCUUCAUCUGACAUCGCUGGUCAAUCGGAUUGACCAGACAGAGGGCAAGGACAUGCGAAAUACAGUGCACACUGAUCCGAAUGCCCCCACCUACUGGUCACAGUACAACCGCAUACACGGAAAACUAGGUCAAAUGAUUGGACCUGGAGUCGAAAGAGAAUUACCUGUGCGACCAAAAUAUAAUAUAUUCACAGGUGAAGAAAUUGGCCCUGCGUGGAAAACCGAUAAUAAACGAACCUCUGGGAACCGAGUGCUAAUGAAUUCAAGAAUGAACAAUGACUGGUAUCAGCAGGAAUAAUUAACAAUUACUUUAAUAUUCAUUAAUUUAUUUAUUUACUACAUGUACAUUUUUAAUUUUUUUCCCCAAGUUACCUAUAUUUUGUAAACGAUACUGAUUACUUUUAUUACCUCGAUCAGAGACUAGGACCUAAUCGAGUCCUAUUAUGUACGAUGUUAGCUUAAUCUGAGUCCCAGGCUAUUAUGUACAAUGCUAACUGUAUAUUACUUUUCUGCAUGAUAUUGGAACAUUUUAUGUGAAAUAUUUCUUUACCUUUAAAUUUCUAUUCUAUUCAUGUUAAUAAACUAACGACAAUUUGUUCAAAAUUA